AUGUUCAGAAUUUUCGUCAGCUUGUUGGGCUUUCAAAUGGAUAUGCUGUACAUAAAUUGCGUUUGUGUCUUAAAGGCCUGUUUCAAAGAAAUUAACAAUAAUCUGGAGAAUAUGCGGGAACUCAUGAUAAAUAAUAUUCCUAGGAUCUAUAAUGAGCAGAGACAUCCGUUGCUGAUAAAACUUAAGGUUCUGAAGAAACAGCAUCUGAUAAUAAGUGACACAGUGAAGAUGCUUAACAUGAUUUUCAGUCUGCAUCUUCUCGCUGUCAUAGUUUUAGUCUUUAAGCAAAUAAUAUUCCACGUAUAUUUCAAUGUAAUACAAUGGCAAAAUGGAAUAUCCUUAAAUCAAGACAGGAUUUAUAACGCAUAUUUUAUAUCAAUCGUAACAUAUUACUUUACAAGAUUCGUAUUUAUAGUGUGGGCUGGCGAAACUGGUAAAAAUGAAGCGAAAAAAAUUGGCACUACCAUUCACGGUAUACAUAACAGCAUCAGUAAUGUGCAAAUAAAAGAUGAGUUAAAUUUGUUCUCCUUGCAAAUAUUGCAUUGCGAUAUUACAUUCUCCGCGAAAGGUCUCACUAUUGAUGCGACAUUGCUCACUGUGAUGGUGAGUAACGUUUCCACGUAUUUAUUAAUCUUAAUACAAUUUUUGAUCAUAACACAUUCUUGCGACAGUUAA